AUGCAACGGGCCGAGCAGCUAAGUGAGGAACCGACGACCUCACUAGCAGUCUUGGCGUCGCCAAACAGAACGACCAAAGUUGUCUUAUCAUCCUUCACCGCCGCGUUGUGCGCGACCUUCGUGGGAUACCCUCUGGACACUGUCAAGACCCGGCUCCAAACCUACAAGUACCCGAACUUUUGGCAAUGUAUAACCACCACUUACGCAGAGAGCGGUCUGUCGGCAUUCUACAGGGGUAUCACCGCCUCUAUCAUUUCGGGCUCGACUGCCCGGGCCUUCACAAUGAGCCUCUACACGUCCCUAUUGCCCGCGUACGCCUCACUGCUCGGCGUCGCAAACGAAAGAUCGACGGUGGUCACUUUCGCUAGCGGCAUGACGGCCGGUGCAGCAAGCACUCUGUUCACGUGUCCUUUUGAGUUCACCAAAGUCGCUUCUCAGGUUGAGGCCCUGGUGUAUCGCUCAAGAGGGCUGCCGGAGCCCAAGUCAAUGGGCACCCUACGAGCGGUCAAAGACUUGUUGCGUAGAGGAGGGUUUAUGAGACUUUACGGUGGCUACCGCUAUCACUUGAUGAGAGAUUCUUUGGGCUCGGCUAUUUAUUUCUCUGUCUAUGAGCAUGCAAAGCAGACUGUCGGCAGUUUCUUGCCUUCCGAAGAUUCCAAACCAAACCCCCUCGCCGUUGCAACUGCCGGCGGUGUCUGCGGCGUUAUUUCUUGGGUCGCCGUGUACCCUAUCGACACUAUGAAAAGCCAUUAUCAACGAGACCUUUACCAUCAUUCCCUGGCCUCGUCGAUGGAGUUCCGUGACACGGUUGUGGAGAGACCCAAGUUCAAAAUCAGCUUGCACAUGUACCGCGGUCUUGGUUUCUCCAUCCUCCGCACUAGUCUGAACGGAAUGGUGCUUUUCUCUGUUUACGAAUACCUUAUGCAUCUUGGGCCUCCGGCUCACUAA